CAAGACUACUUUGGAGAGAGAGAGAGAGAGAGAGAGAGAGAGAGAGAGAGAGAGAGAGAGAGAGAGAGUGCCAGAUCGUGAUAUGGGAAAGGAUGAAAUAGUGGAACGUGAUGGAGUGUGUGAGGUAUAUGCUUCUCUCUCUCUCUCUCUCUCUCUCUCUCUCUCUCUCUCUCUCUCUCUCUCUCUCUCUCUCUCUCUCUCUCUCUCUCUCUCUCUCUCUCUCUCUCUCUCUCCUAGUAGAUGUAGUAGUAGAAGUAGUGCCUCAGUUUCCAUUAUGAAGAGGAGCAAGGUCAUCGUACACUUGGCAGCAGUGAGUGGCCGCCAGCAGGAGCUGGUGCUCAAGGUCACGGGAGUGCAAGUUACAUUAUUGUUUGUAAGCCGUGAGGCACAUGAAGCACACGUCACUAUCACCACCCUUGGCUUGACACACUCCCACAACACCAACAACAAGCAUCCUGGCGUGUGUGUGUGUUACAGCGCCUUGUUGCCCCAACACGGCUUUUAUUGCUAAAAGAUUUAUUUGACAUUCCAGGGAAGCAGCAGAGAGGCAAACAGCGUGAAGGAAGCCAGCAAGACAGAGGCAGGCAGCCUCAAAGAAGGCCACCAAAACAGAGGCAGGAACCCUCAACCAAGGUUACCUCAGAGCAACACACGCCCCACAUCCCACCAUGGCAUCCAAUCCACAUCACCUCGUGAAAGAAUUUCUUGAGGCAAUUCAACACCACCCAACAGCGGCCGCCCACCGCAAGAAUGAGCAGGAGAAGAUCCGAGCGUAUGGGGAGAGAAUCCAACACGUUGACCAGGGCAGCUUCACACCUCUGGUCUUCACCACAUCUGGCGGGAUGGGCUCCAAGGCUCAGUGCUUCUACUCAAGACUAGCCGACCUAAUGGCAGAAAAGAAGCACCAGCCAAGGAGCCAUGUCGUCGCAUGGAUGAGGUGCCGUCUCUCAUUCUCCCUCCUCAGAUCUGCCCUCCUGUGUCUCAGGGGGACAAGGCAUUCCACUCCCAUACUCGUACCUGCAGACUUAGGAGGCCUCGACUGCGAGGCUACAGUGGUGGAGAGUGGCAUAAGAGUAGAUAGAGUAGAGGUAGAAUGAAUUUAUAGUUAACAACUAAUGUGUAUAUUAUAGAGUAUUAGAUAUGGUUGGAUGCCACAGUCAUUAGCGGGAGCUGGGGCUAAUGACCUCCAAGUAAUGGAGCCCCUAAUUGACAUAUCAAUAAACAUGGGGUGGAGGUAUUAUUCUUUGUAGUAGUA